GAGCUCGGCUCAGGACCUUGCAGGAGAAGCGUCACCUACGGAUAUUUGAAAGAAUAAAGAGCGAUGACUACGCCUGCGGGCUCUGGCGCCGGCUUCGGUACAGUGUCCUGGUGGGGUCUGUCCCCGGCGCUGGACCUACAGGCUGAAAGUCCUCCUGUAGACCCAGAUUCACAGUCGAAAACAGAGCGCAAGGUCCCAGAGCUGGAUGUCCUGCUGUUAGGUUCCGUGGAUGGGAGACACAUGCUGCGGACGCUGGCCAGGGCAGCGCUCUGGCCUCUCAGGAGGUUCAAUUUUUAUGUGCUGGAGAAUAAUCUGGAAUUGGUGGCCCGACACAUGCUGAUCUUCAGUCUAGCCCUAGAGGAGCCUGAGAAGAUGGGGCUCCAAGAGCGGAGUGACACCUUCCUGGAGCUGUGGGGGAACGCGCUGCUGCGACCCUCGGUGGCUGCCUUCCUGCGCGCUCAGGCCAGCCGCCUGGCUAAUCUGGUCCCGGAGCCUGACCUCCUGGAGGAGCAACUGCCCUGGCUUAGCCUUCGGCUGCUCAAGUUCCGCGAACGGGAUGCCCUGGAGGCCGUGUUCCGCUUCUGGUCAGGUGGGGAGAAGGGACCCGAAGUCUUCCCCAUGAGUCGCCUCUGGGACUCGAGGUUGCGCCACUACCUGGGUUCCCGCUACGAUGCCCGGCGUGGGGUUGCCGACUGGGACCUGCGCAUGAAGCUGCAUGAUCGAGAAGCCCAGGUCAUCCAUAUCCAGGAAUUUCGACGCUGGCGGGACACAGGAGUUGCCUUUGAACUCAGAGACUUGAGUGCUUACCACGUGCCCAACAGGACUCUGGCGUCGGGUCGCCUCCUGAGCCACCGUGGGGAACGCGUGGCUGCGCGCGGAUACUGGGGCGACAUCGCCACAGGGCCCUUUGUGGCUUUUGGCAUCGAGGCGGACGACCAGAGCCUCUUCCGGACGAGUAACGGACAACCAGUCAAGACUGCAAGCGAGAUCACACAGCACAACGUUAUAGAGCUGUUCCGAGAAGUGGCCACCUGGAGGGGCCCGAGAGCCAUCCAGGGGACCGUGGAGGAGACAGCGUCGCCUGAGCCAGACGUGCCUGCUCAAGAACCCUUCACUAUCCACUUUCUGCCUCUCGAUUCUUCGCAGACUCUCCAUCACAAGACUUGCUACCAGGGCCGGUUCCAGCUCCUCUAUGUGUCCUGCGGGAUGAUCCAUCUUCUCAGCCCUGAGCUCGGGGCUUGCGUGGUCCCCGGAGGGAACCUGGUUGUGGAAUUAGCUCGGUACUUGGUGGACCUGCGACCCAAGGAGUUGAAGGCGUUCUCCGACCGCGUGGCGGAGAUAGCGCGGGCGGCUGGGUUCGCCCCUCACCCUGCGACCAAACCCUCGGAGACCUUUGCGCGCUUCUACAAGUUAGGAGACUCUACUCGGGGUGGCGGACACUCAGCUGUGGAAUCUGGAUCCGCGCCCUCUGAAGUCCUGGCCCCUCCCGCAGAAUCGAUAGACCCACCCCAGGCUGACCAGGCCCCCUCUCUAGAGGCGGUGAGCCCCGCCAAGGUUGACCAGACCCCGCCUCUAGAGGCAAUUAGCCCACCCCAGGCUGAGCUAUUCCUGCCUCUAGACGCGAUCGACCCUCCCCAAGCCUGCCUGGCUCCUCCUCCGGAAGUAAUAAGCCCACUCCAGGAAGCUCUGUAAUGUCCUCGGUGAAUGCACCCACUUUUAACUGCUGAAGCAGGCCCAGGGAUUGAUACCAGCUCAGCCUACGGCUGGAAUGCUGUGUCACUCACUCAGGGUUCCUUCUCAACCCCAGUGAUAUACGUAGAAUUUCAAAUUCCUACCCUGGAACUCUCAGUCCUACUCUUCGGGGGUGUGGGUGUGUGGGUGUGUGGGGUGUGCGGGUCCUAGAUUGUUAUCUGAGACUUAUCCUGGCAAGGACUGCAGGCUGAAGAUACAACCCUGGGCUCCAGACCCUCGCUUUUGUCUUGGGCCUUUCCUGACAUGCUACUUAUGUGAAGGACAAGGACAUAGCCUCCCUUGAAUGUGAUUCGAAUAAAAAGAGCAGGGUCACCUGUGUGUCCUGUCCUCCAUCGGUCUCCAGUGCCAAGAAGGGGGU